UAUCAUGAAAGUAGUUUGGCUUCUUAGUUAAAUUUUCUAUGGUUGGUUUGAUCUAGGGAAGUCUGGUGAAGAAAAGUAUGUUUAUAUAAUAUCUCAAAAAUGCACAUUUGCAAGUUUAUUUAAGUUCAUUGGCCAGUAAUUUAUAAACAGAGAAAAAACGAUUUACAAUGGACUCAUUCUUCAGCCUUUUUGAUCCAAGCAGCUGCAAUGAUUGCAGCAAUGAAGAAUUUGCUAUUGAUAACAUGAAUAAUCAAAAUUCUCUACCGCCAGAACCUCAACUUGGAAAUGUCGAGUAUAAAUUGAAAAUUGUAAAUCCAACAAAACAACGAUUCGAACAUUUGGUAACACAGUUAAAGUGGCGACUUCGAGAAGGCAAUGGCGAGGCAAUAUAUGAAAUUGGCGUGGAAGAUAGUGGUAUCUUAGCUGGACUAUCGAAACGAGAUAUGACAGCCAGCUUACACACUCUUCAACAAAUGGCAAAUAAACUAGGCGCAACCACAACUAUUCUAAGGGAAAGAAUACUUGAAAACGGACGCAGUAUCGCUGAAGUCCUUGUACGAAAAGUUCCCGAUGAUCAGAAUAAUAUUGAAAUUAGGGUAGCCGUUUUAGGUAAUGCUGAUGCUGGCAAGUCAACAUUGCUUGGAGUAUUAACACAAGGCAGUUUGGAUAAUGGUAGGGGUCGUGCAAGGUUAAAUAUGUUCAGACAUCUACAUGAAAUUCAAAGUGGUCGGACGUCUUCUAUUUCUCAUGAAAUCCUUGGAUUUAAUUCACAGGGUCAGCCAAUCAACUAUAGCUACAGCGAACUUAUUACGGCAGAGGAAAUUUGUGAUACAUCGACAAAACUGGUAACUUUCUUGGAUCUUGCGGGGCACAAAAAAUAUAUAAGGACCACGAUUCAAGGUCUUUCUGGUUACUCCCCGCACCAUGCCAUGUUAGUGAUUUCAAGUACAGCAGGGGCAGUUGGUAUGGCACACGAACAUCUUGCCAUAGCAGUAGCACUUAACGUCCCCUUCUUUAUCGUCAUCACAAAAAUUGAUUUAGUACAACCAACAAGUACUUUGCAAAGUCUGGAAUCUUUCUUAAAACAAGUGGGAAGCAGGAGGGUACCGUUGGUAAUUAGAAAUCUGGAUGAUGUUAUAACGGCUGGAGCAAAUCAACUUACUGAAAAUGUUGUUCCGAUAUUUUGCGUGUCCAGUGUUAGCGGUGAAGGCUUGGACCUACUGUUAAGGUUUUUACACGUCCUGCCGCCUGGCAUAAGCUCAAAGGAAAAGGAAAGAUUGGAGCAGGAAUCUCCAGAAUUUCAUAUAGACGAGAAUUUCAAGGCAGGCGAUUUGGGUCAAAUUCUUGGAGGCUUAUUGACAAAAGGAGUUAUAACCGAAGGAAGUAAGAUGCAAAUUGGACCAAUGAAAAAUGGUUCUUUCCAGAAUGUAAUAGUUAAAUCCAUCCAUCGCAAUCGAGUCCCUUGUCGAAUGGUUCGUGCAGGUCAAAGUGCCGCAGUCUGUUUGGACACAUAUGUCCCGGGUCUCAGAAACGGUAUGGUGCUCCUUAGUCAUGAAGAAAAUGCGAAGGGCUGUCUGUUUUUCCAAGCAAGUGUGUCGGUGCUGUUCCAUGCUACAGCUAUAUAUCCAGGAUUCCAAACUACAGUUCACAUCGGUAAUAUUCGUCAAACAGCUGUCGUUAUAGGUAUUUGUUCAUCAAAAUGUAUACAUACAAAUGAACAAGACUCAGUACUAUUUAAAUUCAAAUUACAUCCAGAGUAUGUAACUGUUGGUCAAAGACUACUGUUUAGAGAAGGUGCAGCAAAAGGCAUCGGUGAGAUCACACAAGUAUUUCCUCUAACACUAACACCAUAAAUGUGUCAACGUUGAUACUUAAUUUUUGUAGUAGAAGUAUAUUUUUAUUUAUUGUUGGUAACUAGUCCUACAUUAGUGAGAUUAGUAACAAGAUAGUUUUUAUUUUGUCUAAAUGUUCAAAAAAUAGUUUUAAAUCCUUAAAAUUCUUGUAUUGAUUCUUUGAUAAGGAAUCAUUCUUGUAGUACACAAAUUUCUUAUCUUUAUCACAUGCCAUAAUAAAUAACUGGUCAUCGUACAAAUGUACAGAUUUUAAAAUUUGUAAAUUGUAGUAUAAUACCGUUUUUACAAUUUUAAGAACAUGUAUUUUAUGUUAAAUUAUCGUCUUUAUCCUAAUGACAAAUAGCUUUCUGAUAAAGCUAACCAACAUUUUUACUAGUUUUACAAAAUAUCUAAAUUAUUUCUCGUAAUGUUUUCGCGAACAUAUUACACACGAAUUGAACAUGAGAGAUUUUAAACUCAAAUAUUUGUUAUAUGUAUGAACUCAAAGUUGAAAAAAAUAUAUUUUUUUAACAAAAUGACAAAUUUACUGUUAAUAUUACUGAUAAUUCAGUGUUUAUUUAUUUUAAGCCUCUAACCUCUUAAUAUAGUUUUAUUAAAACACUAAUUUUCACAUUAACACCUUAUUUAUUUAUCUAACAUUCUAAAUUUAUUUUUAAAUCACGAUCUGUAAAAAAUUGUACACAGCAUCUGGUGCUGUCUAAAUUAGUAGUACAAAUAUAAAUCUCUAAAUAACUGCUGUACACCUUCACACUAACACAUUAAUCUAAGCAGAUGAAAUGAAAAAUUUCCCUUUUCAUGUUUUUUGUACAUAGUUAACAGAACUGUGAUUGAAGAUUUAUGUAGUGCUAAUCAGUAUUAUUUGUAGUUUUAUGUAAGCAUUGUUCAAAAGUUUUGUUUUGGAUUUGUGACUGUACAAUUUUAAAUAGAUCUCUUUAGUUUUAAAUAAAGUAUAUACACAAAUG